UUUUAUUUAUGUGAUUGAUGAGAUAGAAAAUUAAGUCAAAUAUUACCUUAGCUCUUUUUUUUUUUUUUUUUCAGUUAGGAUAGAGAUAAAUUUUUAGUAAGUUUUAUUUUUGUGUUUAUCUCUUCUAAAGGAGAAAAUGAGAGAAAAAAAAUAAAAAGAGAAUCUAAAUUUAUUUUGGGAUGUAGAAAUGAUGAUCGGUGAGGGCAAAAUUGAUAUCACUUAUAGGGUAAUCGUAAAAUACCGAUAAUUACUGUUUUUAGUAACAAUUUGAGUUCCCUUCCCCCAAUUUAUUUAAUAUUUAUCGUGAAGCUUCCGCGGGAAGCCAUUAGUUCAAAAUUAAUGGUCAGAUUAAUUGAAGAUUGAAACCUAAAGCUGGUUGUUGGCGACGACGGUUAAGAUUUAAUAAUUGAAGAAGAAGAAGAAGAAGAUGCCGAUCGAAAUGCCGAAAGGAUUACCAUUCUCAGUUGACACGUGGACUUCAUCCUCCAAAACUACUAAGAGACAUCAUUUCCUCACACACGCUCACAAAGAUCAUUCCACUUCCAUCACUUGUUAUUCCUCUUUUCCUAUUUAUUCUACUCUUCUCACCAAAACCCUCCUCCUUAAACAUUAUCCUCAGCUUGACGCUUCCUUCUUUUUCGAUAUUGAAGUUGCUCAAUCCUUGAUUAUUGACGAUCCUGAUGGGUCCUUCAGCGUCACCGCUUUUGAUGCCAAUCACUGUCCUGGGGCGGUGAUGUUCUUGUUUGAAGGCAAAUUUGGUAAUAUUCUUCACACGGGAGAUUGCAGGCUCACCCUUGAGUGUCUGUUAAAUUUACCCGACAAGUAUGUAGGGAGGAAAGGAAAAAACCCACGCUCUCCUCUUGAUUGUGUUUUCUUAGACUGCACUUUUGGAAAUUUCUCUCGUCCCAUGCCUACCAAGCUUUCUUCUAUUCAACAGGUUGUUAAUUGUAUAUGGAAGCAUCCUGAUGCAUCAACAGUGUAUCUUACCUGUGAUCUCCUCGGUCAGGAAGACAUCCUUGUUCAAGUGUCCCAAACAUUUGGAGCGAAGAUAUAUGUUGAUAAAGCCAAAAAUCCAGAAUGUUUCAAGAAUCUUGUGGUUACGGUGCCUGAAAUCCUUUGUGAAGAUCCAUCGUCUCGUUUCCAUUUAUUUGAUGGAUCACCAAGACUAUAUGAAAGAGCACAAGCAAAGCUGGUUGAGGCCAAGACAACUCUCCAGACUGAGCCUCUCAUUAUCCGCCCUUCUGCUCAGUGGUAUGCUUGUGACGAGUUCUCAGAUGUUGAAAACACUAGAAAAAAGAGGAUGAAUGAAGCAAUUAAGGAUCAAUUUGGUGUUUGGCAUGUUUGUUACUCAAUGCACUCUUCAAAGGAAGAAUUGGAACAUGCACUUCAACUUCUUUCUCCAAGUUGGGUUGUUUCAACAACCCCCACCUGCAGGGCUAUGGAGCUUGGUUAUGUUAAGGAACACUGUUUUAACUCUAAAAUCCGUCUCAAUGACUCUGUGCUGAAGCUUCUGGAUAUGAGCGUGGAGACUUCUGAUGAUGUUGAUGCAUUGGUGAAAUCUGUAAGCUGUUAUCCUGUGCUUGAAGGGACACCUCAGCCUCGUGCAAAAACUAAAUCGCCCAUCAAGCAGUGCACUGAUGCGAAAGCACUGGAAAAAUGGACUCUUCCUGGUAAUCGCUCUCCUGUCACGUUAUUUGGAAGAGCAAGGCUUGGUCUCCAAGAUGGCGACUUUUUACGAGGAGGGUGUAAUAUUUUUCCGGUUAAUGCCCCUUUGCAAACAGUUUCAAGCGAUUCAAGACAAGAAUUAUUGGAUGAUGCUGCUGAAGUUAAAUGGGAGAGAUCACUGGUUCAAAAGGAAGAUUUACGUCAUGAGGAUAAGUAUCAGCAAUCUGAGGUUCAGGAAAACACAAGAGUUCAUAAAAGUGCCUCUCAUUUAAACAUUGGAUCCUCAGGUUUGAGUGAAGAUGCUAGGAAGUUUUACAGGUCAAAAAAAUUUCCUGUGCUUCGACCUCUUCCCUCAUUAGUUGAUCUUAUGAAUUCCAGGAAACGUGCCAAGUGGAGAACUGAUCAUUAAUGUUAGUUUUCGGCAGUUAACUUUGAUUUACAAUGCUGGGAAUUUGGAAAUGCCCAUGGAUGGAGGAAUCUUACGAUUUUAAAUGAGUUUAUCUCACCUUGCUCUUUCUCAAGCUACCAUCUAUCUUGCAAGAGUGCUUGACAAGAAGCUGCAAGGUGGGAAGGCAUAAUUUGUUACAGUAUAGUUGUUAUUUUUUCUUUGAAUAAGAGAUGCAUCAAAAGAUGCUUAAUACAGAGGAAUUAGAUUGAGGGGAGUUCAUGUAUGAUGUCUUGACGUCCAAUAAUGGCAAUUGAAAUAAUUUUUUCUCUCUCAAGUAUUACAUGUAAACGCAAGGUUGAAACGAGGAGAGCAGCAGAAGUCAAGCUAAAAGCUUCUGUGGCCAUCUAAGCGGUGCUUAUCUUGUAUUUCUGUCAAACCUUGAUUAACUGUUGCAUGGCUCAGGUUCUACAAUUGUGCAAUUUUAGUAAAGAGAUUCAUUAUACUUUCCUUACAUGGAAAGUGAUAUAUUGCUGUAAACUAUACCAACAAAAACAUUUUUAGUACUUUAUUUUGCCUACAUGUGCAAAUGAAGUGGAUUUGCAUA